GUCUCCUCAACACCUCCACCACCCGCGGCCCUACUGCUGCCGCGCGCUCUGGCCGCUCCUGCUCUCAACCACCACGACGGCGUGGUCAUCGCCGAGCGUGUCCCGCUCGUUCUCCAACUGCAGCCGCCGAACUACUCCUCUUAGCGCCUGAUGUUCGAGCUCCUCUUCCAGCAGUGCGGCCUCACGGAUCACAUCACCGGCGAGCCCCAUCUCAACGACCCGGCCUGGCUGCAGGACGACGCCCUCAUCGUCUCCCGGAUCUAUUUCCGCGUCUCGCCGGAGAUCCUCGGCCUCAUCAUCACGCCUGCGCCCACGGCUUCUACGAUCUGGCAGGCUGUGCGUGGCCUCUUCCUCGACAACAUGGAGAUGCAGGCGAUCUACAUCGGGAACUCCCCCAGCACCCUGGAACAGGGCGACUCGCCGGUGCUCGCGUACUUCGGCCAGCUCAAUGAGUAUGCCGAUCAGCUCCGUGAUCUCGGCGAACCCCUCACCGAUCGCAGUUGGUGAUGCAGAUGUUCCGCGGCCUCGACGAACGCUUCCACGUCUACAUCCUGAUCCUCUCCGGCCGGACGCCCUUCCCCUCCUUCCUCGAGUGCCGUGCGUUUCUCUCCCUGGAGGAGAAGGGCAAGGCCACCACUCGGGUCUCCCACAACACAGCUCUCCACGCGGCGGCCAACACUGGCAACUCCGGCUCCAGGAACACCAGUGAUAACUCCAACAACUGUGGCGGCUAGAACAAGGGAAAAGGAAAAGGACGCCAGCAACAGCAGAUCGGUGCCUCCUCCACCUCGCCGGGCCACAAUCGCUCCACCGCGCCGAUCCCUCCUCUGCCUGCACCGACCACUCACCCCUGGGCCGGGCUGGUGCACGCCUGGCCUGUCCCAUGGCGUCCUCACGUCCCCGGCUCAGGGAUCCUUGGACCGCGACCCAUGGUGCCGCCCGCGUUCGCCGGCGCAUCUGCUCACGUCCCUGUGCCGUCUGCGUACCCGUCUGCACCACCAUCGGUCCCGGCUCCGUCUGCGCCUGCCUCGGAUCAACAGGGCCUGAUACAGGCUCUCAAUGCGCUCUCCACCCAGACUGCUGCUUCGCCGACCGGUGACUGGUACGUCGACACCGGCGCCACUGCCCACAUGACCGCGGAUCCUGGAUCGGCGCACCAAGGUGGUCCUCCUCCGCUGUGAUUCCUCCGACGAUCUGUACCAGCUCCGCCCCACGCAGCACUACCUGAGCCUCCACACUGCCACGACGCACACUGAUCUUUGGCACCAACGUCUAGGCCACCCUGGGCGCGAGUUCCUCUCCGACGUGCCGCAUGCUGUCACUCCCCAUCGCCCCUCAUCAUCGUCUCACACUUGUCAUGCGUGCCAAUUAGGGAAAAACACUCGUCUUCCAUUUAGUUUGUCUUCUCACGUGUCAUAUAUUCCGUUUAGUUUGGUUUAUUGUGAUUUGUGGACAUCCCCUGUGUUAAGUGUCUCUGGGUUUCAAUACUAUCUGUUGUUACUCGAUGAUUACAGUCAUUACUCCUGCUAUUCACCGCUUCCACGCUUUCUUGCAGACCCAAUUCCACCUCCCUCUCCUUACCAUUCAGACCAACAAUGGCCGUGAAUUCGACAACCAUGCUAGCCGGACCUUCUUUGCUUCUCACGGCAUCCAACCCCGUAUGUCCUGCCCCUACACGUCCUCCCAAAACGGGCGUGCCGAGCGAGCUCUACGCACCCUCAACGACAUCACCCGCACCCUCAUGUUUCAUGCCUCCAUGCCUCUCCGGUUUUGGGUUGACGCUCUGGCCACGGCAACCUUCCUGCUCAAUCGGCGCCCAUGUCGCCCUUGCCAACUCACCACUCCCUUCGAGCUUCUCUAUGGCGUGCCUCCAGACUACAGCCCUCUCCGCGUAUUCGGUGGCCUAUGCUAUCCCAACACCCUUAGCACCACACCACAUAAGCUCGCCCCACGUUCCACGGCCUGCACCUUCCUCGGUUACUCCCCCGAUCACAAGGGCUACGUUGCCUCGACAACUCUUCCCAACGUGUCAUCGUGUCCCGUCACGUUUUCUUCGAUGAACACAUCUUUCUGUUCGCCCAAACCACCCCACCUCCUGCCUUAUCCGAUCCCAACCACUCCCGACGCAACCUCCCUUCGGGAUCCCCACUGCCCGCUUCUCCGUUUCUUCCGGCCGCGCCUUCCAUCCCUCCACGCCCACCCCGCGUUUCUCCCUCACCUUCCGCGCCGCAAUCUCCUGCCACCCCACCUCCUUCGGCGGCUCCAUCGCCUGCCGCAAUCCCUGCCGCAGUUACUAUCCCUGCCGCAAAUCCUGCCGCCAUUCCUGCCGCGGCACGCUCUCCUGUCGCAAAUCCUGCCGCCAGUCCUGCCGCGGCACCCUCCCCUGCCGCAACUCCUGCCGCCAGUCCUGCCGCGGCACAAUCCCCUCCCGCAAGUCCUGCCGCCACUCCUGCUGCGCCCCCUCCCGAGCCUGCCGCUCCACACCCCACACAUUCCAUGCGUACCCGCGCCCAAUCAGGCAUCUUCUUCCCCAACCCCAAGUAUAGCCUCUCCUGCACCACUUCUACCUCCAUUUCACCCCUUCCCACCUCUGUGCGCACAGCUCUGCGGGAUCCUUGUUGGCUAACAGUGAUGCAGGACGAGUAUCGGGCGUUGAUGGAGAAUCCGCACCUGGACACUGGUGCCUCGACCGGCCGGCGCCAACAUUGUCUCCAGGAAGUGGCUCUUCCGGCACAAGCUCCGGUCAGAUGGUAGCCUCGACCGCUACACGGCGCGAUGGGUGCUUCGUGGCUUCUCGCAACAACCGGGCGUCGACUUCGACGAAACCUUCAGCCUGGUCGUCAAAUCGGCCACGGUCCGCACCGUCCUCGCCGUGGCUGCCGCUCGGGACUGGCCCGUCCAUCAAAUGGACGUGAACAACGCCUUUCUUCACGGCUUCCUGCGGGAACUGGUCUACUGCCAGCAGCCCGCCGGCUUCGUCGACGACCGCUACCCCGAUCACGUGUGCCUGCUGGAUCGGUCCCUCUACGGCCUCAAGCAGGCGCCCCGGGCCUGGUACGACCGCUUCACGGCGUAUCUGCGCACCAUCGGCUUCAUUGUCACUUGGUCGGACCACUCCCUGUACGUGCUUCGCAGCGGCGCCGACACGGCGUUUCUUCUUCUCUACGUCGACGACAUUGUCCUCACGGCCUCCUCCGACGCCCUGCUGCGCAUGGUCACCGCCCAGCUGCGCUCUGAGUUCUCCAUGAAGGACUUAGGGCCGUUGCAGUUCUUCCUCGGCAUCCGCGUCUCCUGGAGCCCGGCAGGCUUCUUCCUCGACCAAGAACAGUAUGCCGAAGACCUGCUCGAGCGUGCCUGCAUGACGGCCUGCAAGCCGGCCUCCACGCCAGUUGAUACGCGGACAAAGCUGGAUGCUGACUCUAGUGCUCCAGUCGCGAACGUCUCGGAGUAUAGAAGCAUCGUUGGUGCCUUGCAGUACCUCACGAUGACUCGCCCGGAUCUCCAGUACGCGGUGCAGCAGGCGUGCUUCUUCAUGCACGCCCCUCGGGAGCCCCACCUUGCUCUGGUGAAGCGCAUCCUGCGCUACGUCCGUGGCACGUCGUCCCUCGGUCUACAUCUUCGCCGCUCUGCCAAGCUGGACCUUGUCACCUACUCCGACGCGGACUGGGCCGGGUGCUCGGACACGCGCCGUUCUACAUCGGGUUACACGGUAUUCCUUGGCGAUGCGCUCGUCUCCUGGUCUUCGAAGCGCCAGCCCACUGUGUCCCGCUCCAGUGCGGAGGCGGAGUACCGGGGCGUCGCCAACGCCGUCGCGGAGAGCUGCUGGCUCCGUCAGCUGCUGGGCGAGCUCCACGUCCACCUCGACAGGAGCACGGUGGUCUAAUGCGACAACAUCUCCUCCGUCUACAUGGCUGCACCCACGAUCUCUUGUACAACUCACGAUAUAAAUAUGAGAGCCAUGCAAUGGCCGGCACCUACGGUGCAUUCUCUCACUCUCUCUCAAAAUCUUAAUCUUCUACACUUAGAUCACAUAUCAGUCCAAAUGGAGUAGACUUGCAAUAAAGGAUAUGAAUCAGGCCUCCAAAAAAACUGAACUGCCUGACUCCUGAGUGUUCCUUUUCAGUUUAUUUUCCAUUCCCAGAUUUAUUUCUCGUCCCUCAAAAACAAUUCAUACUUUUUUCGUCCCUCAACUUUCAAAACCGGACACUUUUAGUCCUUAAGGCUAUCCGGAGCAGUUUGUCUAGCCACGUGUCCGGUUUGCACUUAAUCCCGUGACCGCCGAGGCUGUUGAAAUUGGCCGUCGUCGUGCUUUGGAUCUCGUCCAGGCACUGAUUGUACUUCUCCUCCAUCUGCAUCAUCCAUAUCUUGAUUGGAAAAA